AUGAGCAACCAUUCAAAAGUGACUGAGUUUAUUCUCCUGGGAUUCAGCAAUCAUCCAGAGCUACAAUCUCUUCUUUUCAUGAUGUUUCUAGUCAUCUAUAUCAUCACUGUGUUGGGAAAUCUUGGCAUGAUCCUGUUAAUCAAGAUUGACUCACGUCUCCACACUCCAAUGUACUUUUUUCUCAGUAACUUGUCCCUUGUUGACUUCUGUUAUUCUUCUGUUAUUGCCCCUAAUAUGCUGGUGAAUUUCUGGGUGGAGAAUCCAGUCAUUUCAUUUAAUGAAUGUGCCACACAGUUCUUCUUUUUUGGUUCCUUUGCUGGUAUUGAAGGGUUCCUGUUGGCCGUGAUGGCCUAUGACCGGUAUGUGGCCAUCUGCAAGCCUCUUCUCUACACAGUUACUAUGUCUCCCCGUCUUAAUGUCCUUCUGGUGUUGGCCACGUAUCUUGCAGGCUUUAUAAAUGCUUCCAUUCACACUGGCUUCACCUUCCAACUGUCUUUCUGCCAUUCAAAUGUCAUCAAUCACUUUUUCUGUGACACUCCACCCCUCCUGAAACUCUCUUGUUCUGACACCCAUAUCAAUGAGGUUGUCAUUUUUGCUUUCGCCAGUUUUAAUGAGUUGAGUUGCCUUCUGACUAUUCUCAUUUCUUAUCUCUACAUCCUCAUUGCCAUCUUGAGGAUCCAUUCUGCCGAGGGAAGGCACAAAGCCUUCUCUACCUGUGCAUCCCACUUGAUGGUGGUUACCAUCUUCUUUGGCACAAUCCUGUUCAUGUAUCUGCGCCCCAGCUCCAGCUACUCAAUGGAUCAAGACAAAGUGGUGUCUGUGUUUUAUACAGUGGUCAUCCCCAUGUUAAAUCCUCUCAUCUAUAGUCUUAGAAACAAGGAGGUCAAAGACUCAAGAGAACAGGUGAUGAGGAGUAGGGUAAGCCAGAAUAUGAUCAGAGAACUAAAACCAGGCUUAGUGACUGCUCUUAUCCCUAACAAACUAGAAAACAGUAUCAGAACUUAA